GCAGUAAAAGUAAAUUCAGCAUCCUCUGCACAUUUGGCUAAAUUUCAUCACAGUAUACAGUAUAGCAGUGUAUAGCAGUGUAUUGGUCUUCUGACACGAAUGGUUUUGGAAACUGGGCCAACUGAAUCACUUAUAAUGUGUUAGCAAUCGAGAAAAGCUAAAAUACGUUUAGAUUCUUACCUAACUCCGCUAUUAUUUUCUGUGAUCGGGAUCUCCUUAUUGAUUUCAUGUUAUUGUUUCGUCGGAUGGCAAAAAGACCUUUAUUCAUGAUGAAAGUGGAGCGGGCGGUCGGUGAAACAAUAACGAAAAUGAAUCUCAGAUUCGGAUGGGACUGCAUUUCUCACAGGACUUCUGAGUUAGCCGGGAAGCAAUAAUUUUCCGAUUCACAAACAAAUAGGGGAAAAAUCAUAAGUGAACUUGGCUGCGCUGUGUGUAUUUGACUCUCAAAGAACCGGUUCAUAAGAGUCGUUUGUUAAUGAAGCUGACUACACCGGGCGCGCUGCGUGCGCGUGCAACCAUCAUGCACAGUUUAUCGAAAGACGUGUUUUCUUGCCAUUAUUUUGCGUUACACUGACUUUUUUUAGGUCAUCACAAUGAAGCGCCGCAUUGAAGCAGUACUUGAAACAAUGCUUACAUUUAUAUUUUUUUCUGUGAUAAUUUUGGGGUGGCAGAUGGGGUGGCAAAGCUUUUUCUUAGGGUGGCACUUGCCACCCCGUUAGAUCCGCCCCUGCCUCGAAGGAGAAAUAAAAGUAUAAAAAUAAAAGUACAUCAAAGUGAAUGGAUUGGCUGCAGUUGACUCCAGUUCAAUCAUUGUACGGAGAAGGAGACCAUCGGAACUGCAGCGCGUGUCGCAUUAAUUCAGCAGCACUCAGCGCGAGCUCGUGUGUUGUGUGAAUUACGCGCGAGAGGAGAGUGGACGUGAAUAUUCAGCAGUGAACUCAGAGCUCAGUGCGUAAUACGGAGACGCCGGGAACCCCCAGUCUACGAAGGAAGACAUGGAAGUUUGCAAAGGACGUUUGCUGGGCAUUUCGGUGGCCGUUGCUCAUGGAUUCUUUUCGGGGUCGCUAAAUAUUUUGUUAAAAAUCCUCAUUACGACCUAUAGCUUCACGUAUCUGACUUUAAUUCAGUUUCUGACCAGCAGCACUGCGGCUCUCACAUUAGAGGUGCUGAGGAGACUGGGCAAAAUAGAUAUACCACCCUUCAGCCUCCAGUUAGUGAAAGUUUUUGCGAGUGUCUGUAUUUUGUCAACUUUGCAGUCCACGUUAACCCUCUGGUCUCUCAGGGGACUGAGUUUACCCAUGUAUGUUGUGUUUAAGCGAUGCUUGCCUUUGGUAACGUUAGGGAUUGGGGUGUGUGUGCUGAAAAAUGGGAUGCCAUCACCUGGGGUGAUAACAGCAGUUCUCAUCACCACUGGAGGAGCAGCACUGGCUGGUGCUGGAGAUCUAACAGGUGACCCUUUUGGCUACGUGACUGGCGUUUUAGCUGUGAUUGUCCACGCCUCCUAUUUGGUACUCAUCCAAAAAGUGAGUGCAGACAGUGAUUAUGGGCCACUCACAGCCCAGUACACCAUUGCAGUGGUGGCUUCUCCUGUUCUCUUCAUCUGCUCCAUUGUAAGCAUGGAUGCCAUUGAGAUGUGGACAUAUGAAGGUUGGAAGAACCCGUAUAUCACAGGAAUCUUCUGUACCUGCAUCCUCAUUGGCUGUGCGAUGAACUUUACCACACUGCACUGCACCUAUAUCAACUCGGCCGUCACCACCAGUUUUGUGGGGGUGGUCAAGAGUAUAGCUACUAUCACUGUGGGCAUGCUGGCAUUCAGUGACGUGAUGCCAACCAAACUGUUUGUGGCAGGCGUGGUAGUUAACACUGUUGGCUCCAUCACCUACUGUGCGGUGAAGUAUCACGAAGCCAAAAAGAAGCUGGCCUACCAGGAUAUGGAUGAGUCCACUAAAAAUGAAGAACUUCCAGGAGAACCUUAUGUGGAACCAGCCAAGCCUGAUGGAGAUACGGAAACUGUUCCAAACGAUCUGGAGAACGUUCCCAAUGGCAGCCUGAUGGCAUCAGCUGAUGACUAUGACCAGGGUCCCAUUCGUGAGAAUAAAGUGGCAGAGUCCAUAGAAUUAGAAAGAUCAGGGAUCUCAUCGGAGGAUCCUACGAGACAAUCUCUGAGCGACAGUUAUGUAGGGGUCUGGAGAUCCAUUCGCACCUUAAAGUUCCUUAAGAAAGACCCUUUACUUGAUAAUAUGGAGGUCCAAAGUCCUUGAUGAUUGGUUUCCCGCUCGACAGAAGUGCAUGUUAAUUGUUGAAGUAUUGUUGAAAACUGAUGGUGUGAACAAUGUCUGCCUUUUUCUCUCCAGAACAUGAUUUUAUGAAAAACAUGUAUUUUUUUAUAAAAUAAAAAAGGUAUAGUCUGUUUGUACAUUACAGGGAGUAUAAUCACAUGACAUUGAGGAAUCCCCUAUAACUGAUGUGCCAAUUUAUUGACUUAAAAUAAAAGAUCCUUAUUUUAGGAUCAGUUUGAAAUGACUUUCAAAAAAAAUUUUUAAUAGGGAUAAUCCACCCAAAAUUGAAAGUUCUGUCAUCAUUUACUCACCCUUAUAUCGUUCCAAACCUGUGUGACUUUCUUUGUUCUGCUGAGCAUAAAUAUAUUUAUAAGAAUGUUGGUAACCAAACCAUUCCCAUUGACUUCCAUUAUAUGGGCAAAAAAUUCAAUGGAAGUCAAUGGGAACCAAAACUGUUUGGUUCAAAAUAUCUUCUUUUCUCUUCCGCAGACGAAAGAAAUGCAUACAGGUUUGGAGUCACAUGAGGGUCAAUUAAAUAUAGAAUUAAAAUUUUUUGGGUGGAGUAUCCAUCCCUUUAAUUUAAUUUUAUUUUGAAUGACUAUUUGUUUCUAUGCACGCCUUAUCUGUGCCUGUAUACUGUGUUUUGUCUACGAAUGCAAUUCUUGAAUAGGAGGCAUUGAAUUUCCCCAUUUGCAUGUAGUAUGCAGAAUUAAUUUAAACUGAUUUUACAUCAAAA